AUACAGUCUGUGCUGCACUCUUGAGGACAUGGCAUUGGUGUCGAAGGACGUUCCCAACAGAGCCUUGACGGACCUUCGCUUUUCCGAUCUCAAACCCUCUCUGUCGGCUCCCGUGCUCGAUGCCCUAUCCCAAACUGGUUUUCACUUCUGCACACCAGUUCAAGCCGCAACAAUUCCCCUACUCUGUAGCUUUAAAGAUGUCACUGUAGACGCCGCCACUGGUUCUGGGAAAACCCUAGCGUUUGUUGUUCCCCUUGUCGAGAUCCUCCGUCGUUCUUCGGAGCGCCCAAAACCUCACCAGGUUGUGGGUGUAAUUAUCUCUCCAACAAGAGAGUUAUCAUCACAAAUAUACCAUGUUGCACAGCCUUUCGUUUCAACAUUACCGAAUGUUAAGGCAGUGCUUCUUGUUGGAGGAUUAGACUUAAAGGCUGACAUGAAGAAAAUAGAGGAGGAAGGAGCAAAUUUAUUGAUAGGCACACCUGGGAGGUUAUACGACAUAAUGGAACGCAUGGAUAUCUUGGAUUUCCGAAAUUUUGAGGUCUUAAUAUUAGACGAGGCUGAUAGGCUCUUGGAUAUGGGGUUUCAAAAGCAGAUAACUUCCAUUAUAUCUCGGUUACCAAAGCUGCGUAGAACUGGUCUUUUUUCUGCUACCCAAACUGAGGCAGUUGAAGAGCUCUCCAAAGCAGGGCUGAGGAAUCCUGUGAGGGUUGAAGUUCGAGCAGAAGCCAUAACACAGGAUGAGUUGGCAUCCUCCCAACAAUUGGCCUCUUCCAAAACACCCUUAGGCCUUAAUAUGGAGUAUCUGGAAUCUGAAGCAGACAAAAAGUCAUCUCAGCUUGUUGAUUUCAUAAAAGAUAACAUGUCGAGAAAGAUCAUCGUGUACUUUAUGACAUGUGCUUGUGUUGAUUACUGGGGGGUUGUUCUUCCACGCCUUUCUGCUCUCAAAGGGUGCCCCUUAAUUUCUCUUCAUGGAAGGAUGAAACAGCAAGCGCGGGAAAAGGCCUUAGCUUCUUUUACUUCACUUUCAAGUGGCAUUCUUCUGUGUACUGAUGUAGCAGCUCGGGGACUUGACAUUCCAGGUGUUGAUUGGAUUGUGCAGUAUGAUCCCCCACAGGAUCCAAAUGUUUUCGUACACAGAGUUGGUCGGACUGCACGGAUGGGUCGGUCGGGAAGCGCUAUUGUUUUUCUCUUACCAAAGGAGGAAGCUUAUGUGGAGUUCUUGCAUAUAAGAAGAGUCCCCAUUGUUGAGAGGAAAUGUUCAGAUAAUGCUCUUGAUAUUAUUCCUCAGAUAAGAGCUGCUGCAAAAAAGGAUCGCGACGUCAUGGAGAAAGGAUUAAAGGCGUUUGUUUCAUACAUCCGCGCAUAUAAGGAGCACCAAUGUUCCUAUAUUUUCAGAUGGAAAGAACUGGAGAUUGGGAAGUUAGCAAUGGGAUAUGGCCUGUUGCAGCUUCCUGCAAUGCCUGAAGUGAAACAUCACUCUCUUUCUAUUGAAGGGUUUACUGCAGCUGAAGAUAUCAAUUUAACGGAGAUUAAGUAUAAAGAUAAAUCUCGUGAGAAACAAAGACAAAGGACCCUGAAAGCAAAGAAAGCAGCGGAGCAUCAACAAGCAAAGCCACUUAAGCCUAAAGUCAAUCAAAAUGCUACAGCUACUAUUAUGAGGAAGAAAACUGCAAAGCAGAGACGGGCUGCCCAGACAAUUGAAGAUGAAGAUGAGCUUGAUCGUGAAUACCGCUUACUUAAAAAGCUGAAGAAAGGAACCAUUGAUGAGACUGAAUUCGCAAAGCUUACUGGAACAGAAGAGCUGCUUUGAAAUGAUUGUGAUGCAGCCAGCUCUGUCAAGGCUUUUAUGGGCUUAGAAGAUGGUGUGAAACUAAUAUAAUGAGAAAAAGAUCUGGCAGGGAGUCCAAGCUCAAGCGAAGAUUAAACGUCUGGAGUGACAGUUUAGGAUAAGGUCAGAUAAAUGGAAGGAACAUUCAAAGAGAAGUUUGGCAGCAA